UGAAAAAUCUUUUCCUGCACCGAAAUUUGUCUGAUUUUUCGCUCCCGAUCGAUUCUCUCGUCUCUCAUUUCAGCGAAAAUCCGUCGAAGCAAAUCGACAAAUCGUCUCAAAGAAGGAAGGAACAACAAUCGAAGAACAAUCGGACGCUGAUAGAAAGCAAACCGUCGGAGGUGGAACGGAGUUGAUUUCAAGUCAGAGUUGGGGAAAAAAUGGGGGAUCAUUUGGUGAGAGCGGAGGAAUUUGAGAAGAAAGCAGAGAAGAAGCUGAAUGGAUGGGGUUUAUUCGGAUCUAAGUAUGAAGAUGCUGCCGAUCUCCUGGAAAAAGCAGCUAAUUCCUAUAAGCUUGCCAAAUCAUGGGAUCAAGCUGGAAAAGCUUACCUAAAACUUGCUGACUGUCACUUAAAGUCGGACAGCAAACAUGAUGCUGCUAAUGCCUAUGCCGAAGCUGCUAAAUGCUACAAGAAAGUUAACACAAAUGAGGCUGCAUCAUGUCUCGAGCGAGCAGUGAAUAUAUUCUGCGAGAUAGGAAGGCUCAACAUGGCUGCCAGAUAUUACAAGGAAAUUGCUGAGUAUUAUGAAUCUGACCAGAAGAUCGACCAGGCUAUUGCUUACUUUGAAAAGGCAGCUGAAUUCUUUCAAAAUGAAGAAGUGACCACUUCUGCAAACCAGUGCAAUAUAAAGGUGGCACAAUAUGCUGCCCAGUUGGAGCAAUAUGAGAAGGCAAUCAAGAUUUAUGAAGAAAUAGCCCACCAUUCACUCAACAAUAACUUGCUUAAGUAUGGAGUUAAGGGCCACCUUCUCAAUGCUGGCAUGUGCCACCUAUGCAAAGCUGAUGUUGUUUCCAUCACUAACGCGCUGGAGAAAUAUCAGGAUCUUGAUCCAACUUUUUCAGGAACACGAGAAUGCAAAUUCUUAUCGGACCUUGCUGCUGCUAUCGAUGAAGAAGACAUUGCUAAGUUCACAGACGUUGUCAAGGAAUUCGAUAGCAUGACUCCGCUGGAUUCAUGGAAGACAACUAUGUUGUUGAGGGUUAAGGAGAAGCUGAAGGCUAAGGAGCUUGAGGAGGAUGACCUUACCUAAACAUCGUUAUCCGGAGCUUUGUUUAUUAAUUGUUGCUGGUGUGUGUCAUCCAUUAUGUUCGCUACUCCAUAUCCUACUCUUCGUUGAUUUUAUUGUGACUGGUUUUAAGGGUUUCUUAAGAGGUUUGGUCAGUAUUGGUUUGUUUGAUAUCAGUGUCUACAUUUGUUCUCCGUGUCUCGUCACUUCAUUUAUGGGAACUUCUAAAGUCAGAUUUGCUUCUUUGUUCUAAGAUUUGAUGUUCGAUUGUUUGAUGGCAUUUGUUUUUAUGUUUGCAUCUAGUAAAACUGUGUUUUCUUUCUAAUGAAGGAUAAUUUUUUUAGUGUUA